UUCACAACACAAAAAUCUCAGUGUUUCACAAAACAAUUUUGAUACCCAAUUUCCAAAAUCCCUCUAAAUUUAUUUCCUCAACCUAUUAGUUAAACAAAGUGAAAUAGUACUUGUGUUAGUAAUUAGAGAAGAAGAAAAAUGGGAGUUGAAGGAACAUUUGAUUACAUAGCUGAUUUGAUCAGCAGCACAAAGAGGAAGAAGAGAAAGCAACUCAACACCGUUGAUCUCAAAGUUAGAAUGGAUUGUGAAGGCUGUGGGGAAAGAAUAAAAAAUGUCCUCUCCGGCAUGAAAGGAGCAAAAUCAGUGACGGUGGACUGGAAACAACAGAAGGCAACAGUGUACGGAUUUGUGGAUGCUAAAAAGGUGUUGAAGAAGGCGAAAUCGACCGGGAAGAAGUCGGAGCCGUGGCCGUAUGUUCCGUACGGCCUCAUUGCGCAUCCUUACGCUAGUGGCGUCUAUGACAAGAAGGCGCCGGCCAAUCACGUGCGCGGUACCGACGAGCCAGGCGUCGGCACCUUCAACCCGGUCGAGGAAAAAUAUGCUCUCAUGUUCAGCGACGACAACCCCCACGCUUGCGUGGUCAUGUAGGGUUUUUGUUCGGAUAGCAAAAUGCUUGUGUUUGAAUACGAAUAUUGAUAUAUAUCGGCCAGCUCUAAAAUUAUUAGGGUCGAUUAUAAUAUAUAGUGUGUUAAUAAAAACUUGGAACUUUAAAUUUA